UGGAGUGUCCCUGCACCCCUCGGGUCCGACCCUUUCAGCGUUCUGCACCCGCGCCAGCCUACCUCGCUCCUCGGCACCAUGACCACCACCACCACCUUCAAGGGUGUCGACCCCAACAGCAGGAACAGCUCCCGGGUUUUACGGUCUCCAGGUGGUGGUUCCAACUUUUCAUUAGGCUUUGUUGAACCAACAGAACAACCAGUGAGGAAGAACAAAAUGGCCUCCAGCAUCUUUGGGACCCCUGAAGAAACCCCCCCUUCCUGGGCCAAGUCUGGUGGUGGCAGGGAGGAUCCGGAGCCAUCGAGGCUGCAGAGAAGGAACUCCUGGGAAGCCAGCUCGGGAGACUUCUUCCAUCUGAAGGGAGAAGGUGCUAUUCAUGAAAAUGUGGACACAGACGUGCAAGCCAGCCUGGGGCACAGUGAAGAGAAGCCUGUGCCUGCUGCGCUGGUGCCCAGCCCUGUGGCCCUGGCCCCGGCCCCAUCCAGGAGAAACCCUCCUGGUGGCAAGUCCAGCCUCAUCUUGGGUUAG